CCUCCUCAGCGCGCUUCUCGAUUCAACAGAGUAAAAGGGACUUCAACCGGAAACCAAACUUUUUCUUCGAACUUUUUUUUUCUUUCGUUGUUGCGCUCAGAGGCAAAAGAGGAAAACGAGACCAGCCUUCAGCGUCACAAACUCGCUCAGUUCCUGAUUUUGUCCGGCUUGAAAUGAGCGAUCCGCUGGCCGAGCGGCGACGAGCAGACAGAGAAUAAAGGGCGACGUCGAGAGGUUUUUGGGGGCGAGUCCGCUCAGCAGCCACAUAACGGAUCCCUGACGGCUGCUCAUCAUGGAAGAAGGUGCAAAAGAGGAGCCGGCCCAGAAGAAAGAGCCAAAGUUCCUGGGUAAAGCUGGCAUGCUGAAGAAGGCCUCUGGCAGGCUGCUGGCGAGUUACAAAGACCGCUACGUCCAAGUGGAGAGGACGGAAGUGGCGCUGUAUGAAAAUGAGGACUUGCAGAACUGCUUGGAGAGAUUCGACCUGGAGAGCUACGACAGAUGUCACGACCUGAAGAGCCCCUUCAAGAAGAAGCACCGGCUGAUCCUGAUCCGAUCACCCAAGUCUGGGAACAAGGUCCAUGACGUGAAGUUCCAGGCCCAGAGCGCAGAGGACAAGGAGGCUUGGAUUAAAGCCCUCAGUGACGGCAUCAACCGAGCGAAGAACAAAGUGUUUGACGAGGUGAAGGUUGAUGAGAGCAGUAAUUUAGAACACGUUACCCGGACGAGACCCAAAGCGAACAGAAACCGCCGGCCACCUACCAGGAUACACAUGAAAGAGGUAGCCGGUGUGUCGUCUGAUGGGAUCCUGCGUUUGGAUCUCGAUCUGGAGGAUGCUGUAAUGCCGAACGGGACCCAUCAUGCUGCUGUCGAUGGCACUCACGUCACUCCUCGGUACAAUAGUGGCGGAGCUGCAGAGACUGCUGAGGACAAGCCUGGACCGGAUCCAGAGGAGAAGUCCCAGAAAAAGAUCAUCAAACCGCCCAUGCCACCCACCAAAGAGGCUAAAGCAAGCCCAGCGUCUCAGGAUGAGCAUGAAAAGGACGUUCCAGAGAAAAAGGUCCUGAAGCCGCCCAUGCCUCCGGUUAAAGAAGCCAAGCCUUGUGCCUCACCUGUACAAGAAAAAACAGAGGAGACAAAAUCUGAGCAGCUGCCAGAAAAGAGUCCUGAAGCCAUAAAAAAAUCAGACAAACCACCGACCCCCCCCAACAAACCCAGCUCCCUCAGCUCCAGCAGCAGCCUCCCAGAGGCCUCACAGGCCAGGGUAAACUCGCCUCCCACCCCUCCAUCCAAACAGAAGAAGCCCUGCCAUCAAACUGUGGAGUCAGAUCCAGAAGUCCAAAGCUCAGAGCAGGAGAAUAAAGAGAAGGGAGAAGCAGACGGCGUGGAGACGGUGGUGGAGAAACAAGGGGAAGACGAGCCCUUCACUGAGGAGGAGCCGUCUCAAGUCAUUGAUGGAAAACCCGAGAGUCCCUGCACAGAUGGAGAGGAUUCUGAAGAAGAUUUACAGAAGACGGUCAGUGGCAUCAACACAGAGUCCAACAAUGAUCCUGAAAUAGCUACAGAGCCUCUGAGAAAGAGUCCCAGUCCUCUACUGACCUCCGAGACGCGUCCAGACACGCCGGAAAUCUGUGCACCUGCAACCCAAGAUGCUCAACGACCAGAUUUGUCUGCCUCGGAUACCUCAACCAGUUCUCUUCAAGCAGAAGACUCCAUGCCUGAGAGUGAAGUCCCCUCAAUAAUCGUUUCCCUGAAUGAGUCCCUCACUGACAGCCUCGGCCUCAGUCCACGGCUCUGUCGCUCGUCUGAGGACAAGAGCCAGAAGUCGGAGGAGAAAUCGGUGGACAGCGGACAGCACUCGGAUGAGGAGAGUGAAUGCUCUGGUUGUGAGGACACACUGGCAGCAUCCACGUCUGCGCUCAGAGGAAGCCAUGUCGGCCUGGACGUGUUGGACAACAGUGAGGAUGACAUUCAGACCUCUGUUCCUCUGAUCCAGAAACCGACUUUAAACAAGCCUCCGAUCAAACCCAAGAUCUUUGCGUAUCACUGCCUAGAGAGCGCCGCUCCUCUCAAGCCCUCAACCAAGGCCAAGUCUGCGUCCAGUGGGGAUCUGCUGAGCAGCGCUGCAGUCUGCGCUCAGGUGAAACAACCCCAGAGAGCUGGGAGCGAAAGCAUGGAUGGUUCUCUUGACAAGGUUGUGAAACUUGAGGGUGAAGUGGCUCUGGAGAUGGAGAACACGAGUGAGCUCUUGAACAGAGUGUCUGGCCCCAAGACGGGAACUGAUGGGGAGGAAGUCCCAGAAGACCUGCUGGCUAAGGCCAUGGAGAAGCUGAAAAAAGCAGACCAUGUCCUCAGGGAGGUCAACAAACUGAAACUCAAACACAGCUCUCACGACAGGAAGAGUUGGUGAAUGUCUACCUGGACUUGUCCGGUCGUUAUACAGAUUGUCCAGUAAAGCUCAGAAACCUGUCAAGCUCUGGACUUCUCCUUGUGAGCCUGAAGGGAAAUGGUUAUACGGCACAUACAAGAUCCCCUCGUGACAAGGAGAUCCACAGUGCCAUAUUUCUGCUCAUGUACAGAGGUUGGGCUCAAACAAUCCUUCAUCUCCGGAGCUCCUCCUCACGGUAAAAGCCAAACAGCAUGUCCAGUCAGCUAAUGAAACUAACCUGCUUUGCUCGCACUGAGAAAUGUUCUCAGUUGUCUGUCUACUGUCUACUUCUGUCUAUGGUCAAAGGCCACAGGUUUAAAAAGAGUUGUAUUCAAUGUGAGAGGUACAUAUGCCUUGUGGGAGCGGAGAGCCUGUGGCACCGUCGGCCGAGGGGUCAAAGGUUUACACGAAGGUCAGAUGAUGGACAGAAGCGUCUCCGUGUCGAUACCUAUGUAGCGCAUGCAACUGAUCGCUCUUAAUUAACUAUGUGCAAUUAUUUCCAGUUGAUGUUUCACUGCAGCUGAAGGCAAUACUCUUUUAUCUUUUUUUGUGUUUUGUUAUGUUUGGAAAAAUUGCCUUUUUUCAAAAGAAAGGAAUAAUUACUUGAAAGCUCAUAUGGGAAGGUCGAAUGAGAUAGAAAGUCUGUGUGUAAUACAUUGAGAAGAAACUGAUAAAAAGUACUAAAACAUGUGUUGAUGCUAUUUUAUACAGCAGAUUUCAUUUUCCUCUGUCACCCGUAAAACCGACAUUUAUACUGUACAUACUUUUAUACUGUUACUGCUGAUGAAAGACGCAGUAUCAGCAAAGGCUUUUCUGAAAUCCAUCGGUAAAAACUAAUCAUGUGGUAAAGUGAGUCGAAGAGUGUUUUAUUAUUUCACAUAGAUUGAUUGCAGCAUUGUUGGUUCAUGUUAUUUUGUGCUGAUAAAGCACCACAGCUGUUCAGAGGAGAGGCCCGUGACAUUCCCUGCAGUGUGAGACAUGAACUCAUGAAUGAAGAAUUCCACCGUCACCGUUCUGUGCUCUGUAAACACAUCUUUAAGGCCAUUUUAAUGUCAUGUAAUGUAGAGCAUGUAAAGAUAUUUUCUAACAUCAAAAACAGUUUUGUACUCUUUCAUGAGAUGUUUUUAAUUAAACAAAAGGGAAGCCAAAUGCUUAAGGUCGUGUCUUUUUUU